AUGUUGGGUUAUAUUGAGGCUGUUAUUGAGUUGUCUGGUUUACCCAAUUUUUCUGAAAAACAAUCAGAGCAGGACUUCCAAAAUGAAGAAAAAGGUCCACUCAGCCAACGCAAACGACGCCGUUUAAUUGGAAAUUUGGAUAAUACACUUGAUGGUUUGGUUGCUAAAAGGGCCGAUUUGCCGUUGAAGAAACGUUAUCAAUCAGAAACGGAAGCUAUUGAAUUGCCCGAUGAUGAACAGGAAAUGAAGCGAAUGGAAACAGAUCCAGAUGUGUGUACCAGAAUGUGUUCUGUUUGUGGGUAUCAAGGCAAAUGGGUUUCUGAAAUGAUUAGACACAAAAGAGUCCAUACAAACGAUAGGCCUUUUAAAUGUAAAUAUUGCAACCGAACAAGUAAAUGGAAGGCAGAUUUGAUUCGUCAUGUAGCAAAAACUCAUGGUAUUCGUGUUGUUUCAAAAUACAGCCGUUCAAAAGCUUUCGAUUUUGGUAAAAAUAGCAACAAAUCCUCAACGGAACAACAAUUAACAAUAGAUGAUGUAAUAAUGGACGUAAGGGCUGAUGACGACAAUUGUUCGUCGGAAAUGACAACAAAUAUUGUUGAUAAUAAUGAUGAUGAUAAUAUGAUGACAAAUAGCAAUAAUAACAAUAAUAAAAUUGGAAGGAAGGUGAGAGUUUUACACAAAAAGAGAUUUUGUUGA